GCGGAAGGGUCGUCUCUUUGGUUAAAGCAGCAUGGUUUCACCCUGUAAGCAGUGUGAAUGUAAACAAAUGACCCAGCUCUUAGUAGACAGUUAUUAGCUGAAACCCAUCGGCGGCUGUUUUAUCGGAGCAGGAUGGCUCUCAGGGUGUGCGGCCGGCUGCUCAGAGGCUCCGCGGUGCUCUCCGCACGGCUCGCCGGGUCUGCUCCACAGGAAAGUGCGUCAUGGUUUCUGACUGCAGGAAAUGCUGCCUGCAGCCGCGGAGGGAGGCACGGAUUUAUCUUCACUCCUGCUUGUUUUAUUACAUCAGAGGCAUUUCUCAGCAGACUGAUGAAAGGCAAAGCGGCAGAGACAGACAGCAACAUUUAUCGCCUUCCAGCCUCAGUUCCACCAGACAGCGGUGAACAGUUGUCUCUGUUGCUGAAACAUCCCGAUCAGCCUGAAAACUCAAAGGUUUUGAAAGUGGCUAUAAUAGGAGCUCCAAAUGCUGGGAAAUCCACAUUGUCCAAUCAGCUCCUUGGCAGGAAGGUGUUUGCCGUGUCCAAGAAAGUGCAUACCACGCGGUCGCGUGCGCUGGGUGUGCUAACAGAGGGUGACACACAGAUAAUCUUGCUUGAUACUCCUGGUCUCACUACACCAUCAAAGGUCAAAAGACACCAGCUGGAGAAGUCUUUGCUUGUGGAUCCCUGGGACACUGUCAGAGAAGCUGACCUAAUGGUCGUGAUGGUGGAUGUGGCAGACAGAUGGAUGUGCAGCAGGCUUGACUUCGAGGUGCUGAAAUGCCUGGCCCUGCACCCAGAUAUUCCAGCAGUCCUAGUCCUGAAUAAGGUGGACCUCAUGAAGGCUAAAGACAGACUGCUGGAUAUCACAGCACAUUUGACGUGCGGAACAGUGAAUGGACGCAAAAUGCGGAUCAGGCCGGUGAUCAAGCCCCCGUGGGCGGAAAAGAAGCCAGAAAGGGCGUCAGAGGACGAGGAAAACGCAGCACCCGAGGACAGCGCUGAGCCGACCUCUGCGCUGAGCAAAGAACAGCUGAAGACGCUGAGAAACCAGCAGGGCUGGCCUCACUUCAAGGACGUCUUCAUGCUGUCAUCUGUGGACAGAGAGGACGUGUCAACACUGAGGAGCUACUUCAUGGUUGCUGCCAAGCCGGGAUCGUGGCAGUACCACAGUGAAGUCCUGACUGACCAAAGUCCAGAGCAAGUCUGCACUAACAUCAUCAGGGAGAAGCUGCUGGAGUAUCUGCCCCAGGAAGUGCCCUACUCAGUGACACAGUCUGUUGAACUCUGGCAGGAUGGAGAAAAUGGAGAGCUGGAUAUUUCUGUGAAACUUUACUCAGUGAAAGAAACCCACAUGAGGAUGGUGAUCGGCACAGCUGGACAGAUGGUAGCACGGAUCGCUCGAGAAGCGAGCGAGGACCUGAGCAGAGUGUACCUGAGGGAAGUCAGGCUGAAGCUCUCAGUCAAGCUGAAAAAGUGAAAAGGGAUGAAGGACUUAUGAUAGGAAAAGAGGGGGAAAAUAUGCCACAAUUCCUGUUUUCUUUUUCCUCUGGAAAGGACAGACCUCGAGUCAAACAAGUAUGACCUCAUCGUGAGUCUCAUCGUGGGAGCUGUGACUAUAAAAUGUCCUCAGUCCCAGAACUCCCUUGACCUGACACCUCUUUGAGGAACAGACGUUCUACUAUAAAUUGUGACUUUUGCAUCUUCAUCUUCAUGGCUCAGCAGCCUCCUUUCAUCCUAUUAAAGCUUUUAUAUGGAGAUGUUACCUACAGAAUGCUCUUCAUGUAGUGACGGGGAAGUGCAGAGAGCACCUUGACUUUAUUAAGUGUUGAUUAAAUGCAGCUUGCACACGUCACAGA